AUGGACUUCCUUUCUAUUGAUAAUCUGAUCACCGACCCCGGAGAGGAUGAGUAUAUGUUGUCAGGGACAAUGCCAACACAAUUCCCGAACGAGAUACCUCAGAUGCUCAGUAUUCUGGAGAACAACAACUUCUCCAGCAUGGGAUGGAACGACAAAGACCAUUUUGCGAGAUAUAUCGCACCCCUGGACAAUCAGACUGGAAUGCAGCUUGAAGGAUGCGACACGAAUUCGGAUUGGAGCACGAUCUUGAAUCACAUCCUACAUCAGCCUCCCUCACACCCUGCACCUGAUGCCAGUGAAGAAAAGAUCGAAGGCCUCCUCUUCCAAAAUAUCAGCAACCAGUUUCAGGUCAGUCCCGACACCGCUCGGAUUGAUUCACCAAGCCCUACGCCUACCAGUAGUGUUCAAGAACCUACGGCGCCUCUCCCUCGAUCUAAAACCAAAUCUAAAAUGAAGAGCCAUCGGAGGCAAAACCAUUCGUGCGACCAGUGCAGGUCAUCUAAAAGAGCAUGCGACCUACCAUUCAGCAGCGGAAUCAACAGCCUAAUACCUUCAAUAUCUUGCACAACCUGUCAUGUCCGCGGGCUAGAGUGUACAGUCACAUGGCUCGCUAGCAAAAAGUCCAAGCUGCGGAGCAAGAAGCGAACAAGAAGUGCAUCCGACCUCCCAGACGGUAGUGACUCGAUUAAUUCGACAGACCCAGGCGUCGCCUCAAACGAAAUGCAGAGAAUUGGUGUUAUACGACCCCAAUCUGCAAGCUUAUCGACACUAGAACUCGAUAUAGCCCAACAAGUAACUGCGCGUGAAACCUGCCUACAGCAGUUCAAAAUCUACGUUGAUGUCUGUGAUACGCUCCUAUCGACAUGCCUUUUGGACUGUAUGCCGUCCGGCUACUCUCUGGGACUUGCCGCUUUAGCACCGCUGAGCCAUAGUGUGCAUCUGAACCCCCACUUCGAGAAAGCGAACAAGUGGGUCAAGACCUGCUGGGAAUCAACAUCAAGUUCGUGGUCUGCGACAGCUAUGGCACCACGUAUCUUCCUCACAGUCAGUCUUCUCGAUUCCUUGUUCCAAGAAAAGUGCAUGAAGCACUCUCGCCCGUCAACAUCGCGUGAUGGCUCGAUUAAUGAAGCCUAUAAAUGGGUUGCAAUGGCAACAGCUUCACAAUAUGUUGUCGACAGGGGCCAAAGCCCAAGAAAAUCACAAAGCCGCGAUCUUGCACUCGCCACGAGACGCAAGGCGCAAAACGCGGUGUUCAGCAACAUCGCCGCUUCUGGGUCUUUUAGGCACUCUUUGUCGCUUAUGCUUUUCGGUCUGGUCCUUUGCCCAAAGAGUGACCUUGGAGAUCGCGAUUUAUCAGAAGAGGACACUCCAUUUGUUAUAUGCGAAGGAAUUCGUCGUCUUCAGACACUUUGCGCUCGAGCCCAAGAACAUGUUCGAGGAUUGUCAUCCGAUGUAGCCGCGAAUGUGCUUGAAUUGAUUGGUGCGAUAUCAUGGUUAGCAGAAAUGACGAAAGCUGUGGUUAUUGCCUCGUCGAACGGAAAUAUUUCUCCGAUGAAUCUAGCCCAGCUUGAUCGCAAUUCUGACAUUCCUCAGAUAGCUGGCUUUCCUUCACAGUUAUCAGAGAAGGAUGCUUCAUCGUCCACAGAAAAUGAAAGCCAAUCAAUUGACAACUCGAAUUUAUCACAACCCAAAUUGGAGGAGUCGACUUUGAUGAAAGUCCGAGGCUAUAGAUCUUUUGAUAUUAAUUUGGAAUGUGCUCUGGGACAGUCGGGAUUGCUUGGUAUUUAUCUUUGGAAGUCAUUGGCUUCCUUGACGCUAGCCGAGAAGUCUGUCCGAACGGGAAAUUUCGACUAUGAACAAAUCCACUGGACCUAUAAAACGACUUUGAAGCUUGUCAAGAUGUGGAGAUCAACUUUUGGUACUUUUGAUGAUAUAACCACAGUAUCUAUCGGACAGUUGCCAUGGGAUAUUCGACGCAAAGUUGCUUUCUGCUUAAAUGACGGCGACCUAGCAGUUCUUUUAUUCCAUGAAACAACAAAGCAGCUUGAGAUGAGCCUCGCUCAGCUGCGGCCGACACCUGAAAGAGAAUGGCUGUGCGACAUUCUUCAAUGGGACAGACUAGCUCGACAGGAGCAACAGCUCAUGAGUGCAACCCAAUUAUCGACCAUGGCUUCAAUAUAUCAAGGAGUUUCAAGUCCUGGCUUUCAAAGAGAUAGUGCCUUGACAGUAGGCGUUCAAAAUAUUGGAGCACAUCCUGUGAGUAAAUUGAUCGGCGCAACGUUCUCCUACUGGCUCAUUUCAAAAGUAUCCUUGCAUGAUCAUCCAAGCAUAUACGUUAUGUGCCAAGGCUUUUACUGA